UUAACGAUAAUCGCGACUUUCCUGGUCGCUCGCGGAUUCCGUCCCUUCUGCUAAUAAUGCGUUUUCAACUUAAUCCUGUCAAUGGCGAGACUGCAGACUCACCUGGAAUUAACUCCAGGUGAAAACUUCGCGAUUCAGCGAAUUUAAAUUCCGCGCCACGACUCGAAGCGCCGCAUUACGCAGUGUUGUGCAACUUCGAAAAUGGCGGAUGACAGCGGCCUUGACACUUCUUGCGUAUCGUCUUAUCGUUUAAGCAUUUAAAACGAUGAAGUAGUAACUAACAACUGCACUGCAUCAUUGCAAGACGGAGUAACGAUGGCAAAGGACGGCAAUCAAAUAGUGGCAGAGGCCUUGAAACAUCAGGGCCUUACUUAUGUAUUCGGAAUAAUGGGACACCCUGUAAUAGAAUUGGCAUUAUCAAUGCAAGCUGUUGGCCUCCAGUAUCUAGGUUUUAGAAAUGAACAAGCAGCCUGCUAUGCUGCUCAAGGUUAUGGAUAUUUGACAGGAAAACCUGCGGUGGUUCUCUGUGUCUCUGGACCUGGGUUACUUCAUGUCAUCGGUGGAAUGGCGAAUGCGCAGAUAAAUUGCUGGCCAGUGUUAGUGCUGGGUGGAUCCUGCCCUGAGGAUCAUGAGGGUAUUGGAGGAUUUCAAGAAUGGCCACAGGUAGAAGCUAGUCGACCCUUUUGCAAGUAUGCAGCGAGGCCACCCUCGGCCAACCUCAUACCAAUGCAUGUGGAGAAAGCUGUGAGGCUCUCCACUUAUGGACGACCUGGAGCCGUGUACUUGGAUUUACCGGCGACUUUACUAACACAGAAGGUCGAAGAAGAUCAAAUUGGAAUAGCCGCUCCCUGCCCUUCGCCUCCAAUUAUUCAUCCUCAGUUAAAAUUGGUGGAAACUGCUGCAAAAUUGCUCCUACAAUCAAGGAGACCUUUAGUUAUAAUUGGAAAAGGCGCUGCUUAUGCACGUGCGGAAAAGCAGAUUCGCGAAUUGAUUGGUUGUACUGAGUUGCCAUUCCUUCCGACUCCGAUGGGUAAGGGAGUCGUGCCUGAUACCGACGAAAGCUGUGUAUCCAGUGCAAGGACCUUUGCCUUACAACAAUCUGAUGUUAUACUACUGCUUGGAGCUAGGUUAAAUUGGAUGUUGCAUUUUGGACGAGCCCCGCGAUAUAGGAACGACGUCAAAAUUAUUCAGGUUGAUAUCUGUGCAGAGGAAUUGCACAAUUCUGUCUCAUCGGCAGUUGCUAUUCAAGCUGACAUAGGUCCAACGGUAGAGUUACUAUUACAGAUUCUCAGAAAAGUCAACUACAAUUUCAAGAAGACUAACCCAUGGUGGAAUGAGAUUACCUCAAUAAAGGCGAAAAACAAGCAAUCUGUUGAUCGUAUGUGUACUGAUACGUCAGUUCCUCUGAAUUACUACACAGUGUUCAAACAUAUACAAGAUAUUAUUCCUAAAGACUGCAUUAUUUGUUCGGAAGGUGCAAACACAAUGGAUAUAGGACGUACAAUAUUGCUGAAUGAUCUACCACGUCACAGGUUAGAUGCUGGUACAUUUGGCACCAUGGGAGUUGGUUUAGGAUUUGCCAUUGCGGCUGCACUUUACUGCAAAGACAAUUAUCCGAAAAAAAGGGUCCUCUGUGUCGAGGGGGACAGUGCCUUUGGCUUCUCUGGAAUGGAAAUUGAAACAAUGGUCAGAUACAAGCUGCCCAUUGUUAUUGUCAUAAUUAAUAACAAUGGCAUCUACAGUGGCCUCGACAAGGAGACAUUCACAGAGCUUCAAGAUGGUGGUGAACCAUGCCAGGUGACCCCACCUAAUUCACUUACAGCUGAAGCACGUUAUGAGAAGAUGAUGGAGAUGUUCGGUCAAAAGGGAUACUUCUGUACAACCGUGCCAGAAAUUCAACAGGCUAUUAAAACUGCUUUUGCUGUGAUAGAUGCACCAAGCUUAAUCAAUGUCAUGAUAGACCCUCAAGCAGAUCGCAAGGAGCAAAAGUUUAACUGGCUGACGGAAUCUAAACUUUAAUGAAGGUACCUCUAAUGUUAAUCAUACUUACAAAUUUUUAUACAAUGGUGAUAUGAAUUUUUAAGGUACAUUUAAAAUUAAGUUCGAUGAGAAUUUAAGUGAGGUAAUGAAGCAAUGAAAUGUAAACAUAUAUUUAGUAUAGUAGUGUUUUAAAAGUAUAUUUUAUACAAAUUGUUACAAAAAGAAUGGUAAGUUGAUAUAAAAUUACAUGCUCAUCUCA